AUGACCAACCAAGAGCACUUCAUAAGCUUGAGAAAUCUGUUUAAGUUUCUCAUCUUCGACAAGCUGGUGGGGAGCAGCCUGGCCAAGGCCUCUACUAGUAAAGGGACCAGUAGGGUAGAGCCCGGCCGCUGCUCCGGGACUGAGCCCUCUUCUAGAGAGAAGAAGAAGGUGUCCAAGGUCGCAGCACGCCCGGUGCCUCCCAGUGCUGCCCCCACCCCUGGGCUCAGCAAACGGGUGAAAAAGAGCAAACAGCCAAUGCACGUGACCAAGGACAUGAGCCACUGGAAGCCCGCGGACGACCUCCUGCUUGUCCGCACAGUGCUGCAUGACCUGGCAUCUGUCCACCUGGGUGUGAAGUUCAGCUGCCGCUUUACCCCCCGGGAAGUCCAGGGGCGCUGGUACGCCCUGCUCUGCGAUCCCGUCGUCUCCAAGCUGGCUUGCCAGGCCAUGAGGUAGUUGCACCCAGAAGCCAUGGCAGCCAUCCAGGGCAAGGCUGUGCUUAGCAAGGGAGAGCAGCUGCUGAGCAAAGUGGGCUCGAGCAGCCAGCCCGCCUUGGAGACCUUCUGGGAGCUGCUGCACAGACACCCCGAUGCCUUCCACCUGGUGCGCACUGCGCGGGCGCCGCAGGCCCUCCAGCAGCCCAGAAAGCAGCAUCUCUCGCUGGAGGACCAGACAGUGCAGCCGCUGCCCAAGGGGGCCGGACGGAGCUUGUCGGAUGCCCAGGACCUGAUCGACGACAGUAAACUCAAGGACAUGCGAGAUGAGGUCCUGGAACCUGAGCUGAUGGUCCAGAAGCCAGCGAUCCGGCAGCUGGAGCAGGAGCCGCCCAAGUGGCAGGCGCUCUGACAAGUGACAGGGUCGCCUGCUGAGCUCCCCAGACGUGGCCGUGCUGAGGGUCGCAGGGUGCGCGAACUGAGGCGCUCCCGAGAGAGCACCCUCGGCAGAGCGACCCAGGAUAACCAGAUUGACGUGGACUUGUCUCGAGGACCCGCCUGGAAGAGAUCCCGGAAGCAAGGUGUCAUCAAGUUGAAGGACAACGGUGAUGUCUUCAAGGCCAGCGAGCGCCGGCGGCCUGUGCUUGGUGACUCCAACUGGCGCCUCAGCGACAACUCCGGGGAGAUCGCCAGCCUGAGGUCCGUCUUCCGCAGCCACCAGGACCUCACUGCCCUCCUCCGGGCAGGGGCGGCCAAGACCACACCCCAGAGGGACAGCAGCGGACCCCACGGCUGGCUGUGGAUCGGAGCCCUGGGGUGCGUGGGGCUGGUGAGGCUGGAGCCUGCCCGCCCCUGA